UUUGACUCAUUCGGUUGGUCUGAGCUAAACUGUGAGGUAAGCAGAGCCGCCUUGCCCACGCCAGGAGAUCAUGCGUUUGUCUCGUCGUAUCAUAUCCACUCUCGAUAUUGUGAAAGAGCGCGUUCAUUUCAGUGUAUGGUAAAGCGCCCAUGCCGCUACAAUUUCGAUUUUAGUGAAAAACGUUUUACGAGGUGAUAAAAAUUACGAGGUUUGGACGUCUAUUUUCCAUUCAGCGGUUUGUGGAGGACGCAUGAUUUAUCUGUGCCGGACUAAAAGCGAAGAGUGCAUGAAAGAUCUCAAGGCUAUACUCCGCUGCGCCACACUGGGAGCCUUACUGGAUAAGCAGGAGAAGGAUCCCUGUAAUUCCAAAAAAGCUCCACUUCUGUCUUCUCCCACGAUGGCUCUGGCUUCCUUCCAUCUGAUGCAAACUCUAAAGAACUCACCGGCGGCCCUGCGGCGGCGAUUCCGUCGUGACCGCACGGAAAGCCUCUCUCACGGCGAUCCCCUCUUCAAGGUGCAUUACCUCGGCACCAAGAAGAUCUUCUCUCUGGACUUGGAACAGGCAGAGGAGGCCAUUGAUCGACUGCUAGAUGGGGCCCCUGGGAAGCUUUCUAAAGAUCAUGCCCUGGUAGUGCGUCCCCGAUACGUUGAGGUUAAAGAACUGAGUACCGGAAGGCAGCUCACCAAGACCUACUUGCAGGACAUUGCAUACUGUGCCUCGCACACAGCUAGACCCAAUGUGUUUCUGUACAUCUGCAGGCAGCCCGGUCAGCAACUGCAGUGCAGAGUGUUCUGGUGCAGUCGGGCAGAAAGGGCAAAGGACAUGACCGCCUGCCUGGCGAGGUCGUUUCAGCGAGCACUUAAUGACUGGCAGGGUGGAUGCGCCACCUUGCCGCAGGGGGAAGUGCUAACUAAAGAGCCAGAGAUGCCUGGUACGCCCACUGCACCUAGAGGGUCAACAUUGCCAGCCAGUUUGGGAAAAGUCCGUUGGAAGAAGAGGGGGUCGGUGUCUCGCAGUCCCCUCCGUGCCAUAAGCAGAAGAGGUUCUGCCAGCGACACCUGGCAUUGAGAGUCCCCGUCACACCCUGAACCUUAAUUUUGUGAUUCCUGGGAAUUUCCAGAACUGAAUGUGAGGAAAAGGACAACCACACCUAUAACUGGUGGAACUUUUGAGCUUUGAAAGAGUUUGCAACUCAAGUAUGUGCCAAGUCUGUGUCUGAACAGCUAACGCAUUUGAGGUUACCAAGCUACCAAAGUGAUAAACUAUAGGUUUCCAGAGAUGAUUAUUUUUGUUUUGGGAUGUUGAUGGGUUCAGUCAUUUUAUCUCUGUUUGCUUAAGGACAAAGAUACAAAACCAAAGCUGUUUAUCUGCACUGAACUGGCAUUUAGUUUUAAAGCCAUGUAUGUAUCAUGGAGUUGAGGGCUUCUAGUCAGUCUCCUCCUCUGUGUACAUGUCUGGAUAGUUUGCUAAUGUGACUGAGCAAUGAGACAGUUUCUGUUUGUAUUAGAGAUGUCAAGAAAGGAUCUGUGUGGAAAGUGGGUGGAUGCAUGAUGGUAAACAGUAGCAGGAUCAGAAUGUUAAAGCAUUUGAAAAGUGUUUUUAUCCCAAAUGCACAAGUUAUGCUGUAAAUGUGCAUUGUAAAGACAAUCAGCUUUUUAUCCUAAACGACUGUAUGCUUACCAAAUGCUCUUUUUCAUAUGGCCAAAUCUCCACACGUUGUUACUAAUGAUAUUGUAUUAAUAUUACAUCCUUUAUGUGACCAUCAUUCAUGGUGAAUUAUUUACUGCGUAUUUACUUGGCAUCAGGACCGGCUUGACAAUCAGGACUGGUUGUUAUUUGGCAUUGGAAAGACAGAGGUACUGAGAUUCAUGAUUCUGGUGGUCUAUCAUAGCCAUAUCCCGCUUUGCCUGGUUCUACCUCAGUUUGCCAUUUUUAUUCAUAGUUUAAGUCAUUCAAGCAUUGAACUUGAAGCAUAGGUCCUAAAUCCCAACAGAUAAUGAAGUGUAGAGUUAGUGGUAUUACUGUGUGCUCUUAAAAUGAGAAGUAUUCUCUCUAUGCACCUGCAUUCCAGCAGUUUUUGAGGCCAUAAUGGCUCAUGCACCCCUCCUUUUUCUUUUUUUCCUCUGUAACUGCAAGUUGUUUUUCAACAUUUUUCUCCAAAAAGAAAAAAGCCAACUCAGACACUGUCUCCAGGCAACAGCUUAUGACAUCAGAAUGCUGACUGAUUCAAAAGUAUGCUUGCAUAGAGCGUCAUGUCCUUGAAAAAGCAGCACUGUUGCACUGCAGUUAUAUGUAGUUAUGAAGCGCAAGAAAGCAUUUUUAAGUGGCCAGGUUGCAUAAACCAAAUAAUAUAAACAAGGACCCCCUUCUUAGCAUGACUGGAACAAUCAAGUUUUCCUAGAACAAAGAUUGUCUAGCACCAUAAGUAGCUAUUUCCUUCACACUGUUACAUAUGCUCACUGAGAAUUGCAUCAUAUCACAGCAGUAUACAGGCGGCGCCUCAUGGUAUUAAACAUUCUGCCUGACGCGUUAGGGCAAUUACGUCAAAGGAUUUUUUUUUUACAGUUUUAUCCUUAUGGAUUUUAUUUAAAGUAUAGUAUUAAACCAUAUCUCGCACUACAAAGACUUCAGAUCUGUUGUUGGAUCUGUAAUGUCUGCUUUAUGAGGUGUUUGAUGUUCUAUGAAUGUUCUUGUACCUUGUUUUAAAACUAUUUGCGUGUAUCUAUUUAAAUAUUAAAUGUAUUUCAUGGAAUAUUAAACUUUUUAUACAUUGA